CGGAUUUCUUAAGAUAAGAUAUUCUGAGAUGGGAGAUAGGACAAGUUUCUGUAGAGGCUUCUGCUCAACUGCAGGAUCUGAACAUUGUUGUUUUGCCGCUUGAGGUUCUUCCUCUAAGUUACAGAUUUCCUGCGGGUUGCAUCAGGCUCCAGGAUCUCUCUGCACUCAUUCGACCCUCAGGGCGUCCUGCAGAGAUGCAUGACGCUGCCACCGACAUACAUCCCGCUGGGGAUUCUGCGUUUUUUUGGAUCAAGGCCACUGGAGGGCAUUUAUAUGGUGCUUUUAUCCAAAGUGCUCUAAACUUUGUCUCUCAUUCACACAUAACAAUGCCAAUGAACCACCAUGCAAAAAAAAAGAAAGAAAAAGAAAGGCAUGGCUGGGACCCAACACUGCAAUGAAUGGACGACCCGCUACACAUGCCAACCGCUGAAUGAAAAAUAAUUGCUGUAAAUAAAAUUAACCGACCGACGGAUGUGGAAUUUGGCAUAAAUAAUGGAUAGAAAUAUUUUCCCAGAGUGGACUUGCAGGACAUGCAGUACUACUCCACUUAUUAUUGUUUAAACUUGGUGGAGUUACCCUUUAACUUUCACUCUGUAGUCUCUCUGUGCACCUUUUCCUGCUGCUCAGCAGAGGAAACACCCUCCCCCUGCACCCACCAAUGAAACGCAGCAGAAGGAGGAGACUGCUGCAUGAAAAAGUGACGCCACCUUCGCUCUCAGCUUCACUCCCAGCCGGCACCGCACCAGGGAACCACAGCACGAAAACCUCACCUGCCCCACAAGCAAGCAUGGCGACGCCUCUCACCGACCAGGAGAAGCGCAAGCAGAUCAGCAUCAGGGGGAUCGUGGGAGUGGAGAAUGUGGCCGAGCUGAAGAAGGGCUUCAACCGCCACCUGCACUUCACCCUGGUGAAAGACAGAAACAUUGCAACACCCAGGGAUUAUUACUUUGCCCUGGCUCACACUGUGAGAGAUCACCUGGUGGGGAGAUGGAUCAGAACACAGCAGUUUUACUAUGAGGCAGACCCAAAGAGGGUGUAUUAUCUCUCUCUGGAGUUCUACAUGGGCAGGACGCUGCAGAACACCAUGAUUAACCUCGGGCUGCAGAACGCCUGCGAUGAAGCCAUCUACCAGCUCGGCCUGGACAUGGAGGAGCUGGAGGAGAUGGAGGAGGAUGCCGGCCUGGGGAACGGAGGCCUCGGCAGGCUGGCAGCAUGUUUCCUGGAUUCGAUGGCCACGCUCGGUCUGGCAGCGUACGGUUACGGCAUUCGAUAUGAAUAUGGAAUCUUUAACCAGAAGAUAAGAGACGGCUGGCAGGUGGAGGAGGCAGAUGAUUGGCUGCGGCAUGGAAACCCGUGGGAGAAAGCACGUCCAGAGUACAUGCUGCCGGUUCACUUCUACGGACGGGUGGAGGAGACGAGGGAUGGAUCCAAAUGGGUCGACACUCAGGUGGUUCUGGCGAUGCCGUACGACACGCCCAUCCCCGGCUACAUGAACAACACUGUGAACACCAUGAGGCUGUGGUCCGCCCGGGCCCCCAACGACUUCAACCUGAGGGACUUUAAUGUGGGAGAUUACAUCCAGGCUGUUCUGGACAGAAACCUGGCAGAGAACAUCUCCCGUGUUCUCUACCCCAACGACAACUUCUUCGAAGGAAAAGAACUGCGACUGAAGCAGGAGUACUUUGUCGUGGCGGCCACACUCCAAGACAUCAUCCGCCGCUUCAAGACCACCAAGAAGGGCGUCCCCGGCCGAACCUCCUUCGAGAGCUUCCCAGAAAAAGUCGCCAUCCAGCUGAACGACACCCACCCAGCCAUGGCCAUCCCCGAGCUGAUGAGGAUCUUUGUGGACAUCGAGAAACUCGACUGGGACACUGCCUGGGACCUCACUAAGCGCACUUUCGCCUACACCAACCACACAGUCCUCCCCGAGGCUCUGGAGCGCUGGCCUGUAGAGCUGCUGGAGACCCUCCUGCCCAGACACCUGCAGAUCAUCUACCAGAUCAACCAGGCCCACCUCGAUAGGAUCGCAGCCGCCUUUCCGGGAGACAUGGACAAACUGAGGAAAAUGUCUCUGAUCGAAGAAGAUGGAUGCAAGAGGGUGAACAUGGCGCACCUGUGCAUCGUGGGAUCUCACGCCGUCAACGGAGUCGCUGAGAUACACUCCAACAUCAUAAAGACUCAAGUCUUCAACGACUUCAGCGAACUAGAACCAGAGAAGUUUCAGAACAAGACAAACGGCAUCACCCCCAGACGCUGGCUGCUGCUCUGCAACCCCGGACUGGCUGAGCUCAUAGCUGAGGUGAUCGGGGAGGAUUAUGUGAAGGACCUCAGCCAGCUGCAGAAGCUCAACGACUUUGUUGACGACGCCGCCUUCAUCCGUGACGUCUCUAAAGUGAAGCAGGACAACAAGGUGAAGUUCGCUCAGUACCUGGAGAAAGAGUACAACGUGAAAAUCAACCCGUCCUCCAUGUUUGACGUCCACGUGAAGAGAAUCCACGAGUACAAGCGGCAGCUGCUCAACUGUCUGCACAUCAUCGCCAUGUACAACCGCAUCAGAAAGAACCCGUCCGCACCUUUUGUACCACGAACAGUGAUUAUCGGCGGGAAGGCUGCUCCUGGGUAUCACAUGGCCAAGAUGAUCAUCAGGCUGAUCACUUCAGUGGCCGCUGUGGUGAAUAAUGACCCCGUGGUGGGAGACAAGCUGAAGGUCAUCUUCCUGGAGAACUACAGAGUCUCUCUGGCAGAGAAAGUGAUACCUGCGACCGAUCUGUCCGAGCAGAUCUCCACAGCUGGCACUGAAGCUUCGGGGACAGGAAACAUGAAGUUCAUGCUGAACGGAGCUCUGACCAUCGGCACCAUGGACGGAGCCAACGUGGAGAUGGCCGAGGAGGCCGGAGAGGAGAACCUGUUCAUCUUCGGCAUGAGGGUGGAGGACGUGGCUGAGAUGGACAAAAAGGGAUAUGAUGCCAUGUCGUACUACAAGAAGCUUCCGGAGCUGAAACAGGUGAUGGACCAGAUCACGAGUGGAUUCUUCAGCCCCAAAAAUCCAGAUCUUUUCAAAGACGUCACGAACAUGCUCUUCAAACACGACCGUUUCAAAGUGUUUGCGGACUUUGAAGACUACAUGAAAUGCCAAGAGAAAGUCAGCCAGCUGUAUCAGGAUCCAAAGGAGUGGACGAAGAUGGUGAUCAAGAACAUCGCCGCCACAGGAAAGUUCUCCAGCGACAGAACCAUCACAGAGUACGCCACCGAGGUGUGGGGCGUCGAGCCGACCGACCUGAAGAUCCCGCCGCCGAACGAGCCGAGAGAGGCCAUCGAGGAAACGGCCCGGGCCCUGAAGAAGAUGUGAGGCGGUCUCACCGAUGACGACCGCCUUCAUGUUUACAAAUCACUUUCUCUCUCUCUCUCUGCUUUUAACCUUCGAGUUUCACAUCACUGGAUCUUUUUUAAGAACUUCUCUCAGAAAUCACAUCUGCACGGCGGUUCCUCAUUUUCUCCACAGUUUUUAUUGUCGAGUCGAAGAGUUUGCAUUAUGAAAUUGUCUGUUACAGUCUUUUAGCACAAGCAAACAGUGAGGAGUCAGUGUGGAGACGUCAUGUGGAGUUCAGGAUCUGUAGGAGUGUCUGCAUUCCAGGAAUUCAGCAGGAUGACGGACCAGCUGACUAAAAUGCAUUUUAAUAACAUCUCUGCAACUUCAUAUUUGUUCUUAGUGACAGUCUGUCUUUACUGCAGGAAGACUGGUGGAGUUCUAAGACUUAUUUCAAUCUGUGAUCUGCAGUAUUUUUGUUGAAAUAAAACCUUUUUUUUGUGAGAAAAAA